GGGGCCCGCAAAAAUGGGGGAAGAUGGGGAGAAGCCGUACGACGACGACAUGGACCUCGUCGCACGUACGAUGCGCGUCGCGCCGGGCAACGUCCCCCCCGCCGUCAAGGACACCGUCGCCCGCUGGUGGUCGGAAAAUUCGCAGGGCCAGGGCUUUGCGCGCAACGUGUGCGCACGGCUCUCAGUCGCGGAGGCAGAGCUCUAUGGGAACCCCGAGGUGCCCAGGAGGCAGGAGGGGCGGAUUGUCUUCGAGACUGAGGUGACGAGAGAUACGUGCAAUUAUCUGGGUGCAAUGCACGGAGGAUGCAUAUCGUUCUUGAUAGACAUCUGCACGACAAUAGUGAUCAGCCUUAUCGCCGCGAUUAGCUCCCCAGAGGCGGCCAUAAAUGUGUCGUUGUCCCUCAAUAUCACUUUCCAUGCACCGGCCGUUUUGGGCUCAAAGCUGAAAAUCAUCAGUACGUCCGUGGCGAUGGGAACACGCGUCAUGAUCGUCAGAGCAGAGGUCUACGAUGCGACAAACGGUCGUCUGGUCGCAACAGGCGUCCACAUGAAGAUGCCUCCAUCUCUACCUAAACUAUAAAGCACAAUGUUCUAUCGCAAGAGUCUACGGGU